GGUAGAGAUGCUCGCAUCCUCGGCCACGGCGGCAGCGGGCAGCGAGACCCGUCCAAGCUCGCGUCCUCGACCACGGACGGCGGCGACGAAGACCCCUUCCAAAUCCGCUUCCCGCACGCGAUUCUUGCAGGCCGUUGGGAACUUCAACCCCAACAUCCUCGGUUCCCCUCCCUCGAUGACGCCAAAGAACGCGUCUCAAGCAGCGCCCGGCGUCUCCCCCAUUAUCAGCUCUUCCCGAAACCUCUCCCCAAGAUAGUUGCUGCUCUGUGCUAGAAGGGAUGAACAGGGGAGAAACAGGACAGGGCUGGGUGUUGUCUGCACACAGAGAUAUUGAGAUAAUUGUCACAGGAGUCGUCCAAUAUCGUGCUUCUUAUUGGAAAAGAGUCCCUGAUUUCGUACAUGCCAACAAGAAAGAAGACUAAGGGGCCGUUUGGUUUUAGACCUAGCAAUGCCACACUUUGCCAUACAAUGUUGCCAAACUUGCCUAAGGUUAGUUCUUCAAAAUGAGAGCCACAGUGGGUUCUUAAGGUGAGGAAUUUUUUAGCGUGCAUGCUUUGUUCGUCCGGAUUGGGUGGUGAGUUUUGGCCUUUUGGGUAUGACAGCGAGGAAUGUUUUAGUGUGCAUGCUUUGUUCGUCCGGAUUGGUGGUGAGUUUUGUGUAUGACAGUGAGGAAUGUUUUAGUGUGCAUGCUUUGUUCGUCCGGAUUUUAGCGGCCACUGUGUCGUCCAGGUUGGAGAGGAUGACGGAGUCGGCAUGGCUGAAGAAGGUGAAGCGGCUGUUGGGGUUAAGUGUUGCGAGUAAUUUUACAGGAGUGAGCUUGCUCAGAAAUCUGCGACCGUUGAAACAUGAAAUACAUGCAAAGAUGGGGAAUAAUCAACAUGAUGCUCUGGUCGAGAGAAGUAGAAAUUAAUUAAGCUUCAAGAGGCUGAGACGACUCUUGUAGUACUGACAGGAAAAAUUAGUUCUGGAAACACCGAUAUCUCUAUACUAUCUACCUAUGUUCAACAAAGAAAUUCAUUUUCUUCCUUUCUCGGUCCUCUAUUUUUUAGCAGACCAAGAUGCACAAAAGUGCGGCCUAUAAACUGAAAUAGAAGCAGGUAACUACACUCUAGAGGUAUACAUGAACAAGAGAAAAGAGGAGAACAAUGAUCAAUGGAGAAAUGCACUGCGCUGUUAACUGCUGCUACUAUAACACUGAAGUUUUAAUUGCAGGAGACCCAUAAAGAAAGAAAGAAGACUUGUGUUAGCCAUUCUUGUUUUGUGUUUAAUUUUAUGCUUUAUUCUUUGACUCGCUAGGAUAUAGUACAAUUUUCAAUUGUGAACCUAGCAUCUAGCAUCGAUUUUGACCUCUGAAAUUUUGUUUAGCAGGCAGCACCAGCUGCUUUUAGUGCAAAUCACCGAGAGCUAAGGGUAUAUUUGUCCUUGCAUCAUUGUAAUUUUGAUGUUUUGCUCUAUUCAUAAUUUAGUAUUGCUUGUUCCAUCUUGACCCUAUUAUGUUGUGCCUAUAUGUGUUUCUUAUGCGGUUACGACGGUGACAAUGUGCCUAAUUUGCUGUAUGACAUUCAGCGUGAUCAGUGGGGGUUGAAAGUGUGGCGAUGCCAAUGUCAGAGACUGAACUUGUUAGGUUGGUAAGAAUUAUUUCAUAUUUCUCUAGCUUUGAGAUUGCGGCUUCACUUCUAGUAUCAUAUCAACUAUAAAUGCAUGUGUUGAUCAUAUUAAUUAUGCAUAAAGAUACCUCGCAAAAAAAUUAAUGCGUAAAGAUAUCAUACAUAAUAUUAAUGUGCAAUUAAUUUCCUCCCUAAUAUCACAUAUACGCAUUUAUUGCAAUUAAUAUUGUAUAUUUAUUAAUGUGUAUAUAUAAGAAGUGUUCGGCAAGGAAAAAAAUGUGGCUUCUCUGGUUCGACCGGAUCCAAGAUUUUGGACUCCUCGAUUGAAAAGAAAGAAAGGUUUUACACUCUUCCGCGGCUCGCAAGCACCUGCUCGGCAUCCACUCGCCGGCCGGCCGCCGCCGUAUUUUCUUGGUCGGGCCGGCGCGGUGUCGUGCCGCGCCGUGCUGCCUCCCCAGGAUUGCACCGCCGGCCGUGACAGGAGAAAGCAACCGAAAACCAACAAGAGCGGGGGACAGGAAGAUAUCGGAGGCAGCUGCCCCAACCCUAGGUGAGGCCCUAUCGUCUCUCGCUUUGGCUUCGCUCCGUCUUUAGGCUCUCACAGUAAAAGUGUACCAAAUGGACCAUGGGAGUUCCCCAACGAAGAUAUGUAAGUCUGUUGUGGAUGAAGAUAUCAUCAGCAAUCUACCCGAAGCUCUCAGAGACAAAAUCCUUUGUUGUCUGCCAAUAAAAGAAGCUGUUGGAACAUGCCUCUUGUCAAGGACUUGGAGGUACACAUGGGCUUCAAUGACCGAACUGAUGUUCAGGAGAGCUGAUUUCGCUUCAGGAAAUGAUAGUGCAGACGAUGACCGCAGAUUUCUUAAGUUCACUGAUAUGUUUCUCUUCCUCCACAACGGCCCAAUUCUGAAGUUUUGCCUGAAUACCGUAGCGAAUGAAAUGGUAUCCACUGGAGGACACCUUUACCGUUGGAUGCUUAUGCUGUCAAGAAAUAAGAUUAAGGAGAUUCAACUUCAGACAAGUAUACGUGACAGUUACAAGGUCCCGUCUAGUUUUUUCUCCUGCGAUGAACUAGAAUAUGUGUAUCUGCGAGCUUGUGUUUUCACUAGUUUACAUUUGCCACCUCCAUCUAAAGGCUUCAAACAAUUGCAUACUCUUCGUCUAGAAUAUGUUACCGUGGAAGGAAACAGUUUAGGGGAUUUAGUAGCGAGUUGCCCGAAUUUGGAGAAACUUAAUAUUCGUGGAUUGUGCAGCCAAUCCAAUAUAAAUAUUCGUUCAACAAAGCUCAAGGUGCUAAAAAUUGAAGGCUGGUUUACACACCUCAAUCUGCAUGCUCCUUAUCUUACUUCCGUAUGGAUCAGACUGGAACUGAGUUCUGACACAGAUGGUGCUUCGACAACCAGAUGCAACUUCAAUCUUUCUCCAUUUAUUGCUUCUCUUUCAGAUGUUGAGACUAUUAGGUUUCAUGGACACAUCCUUGAGUGCGUAGAACGUGAAUUUCUGAUUCUCAAGCAGCCAAAAUUAUUCAACCGGCUGACAGAGAUAAGCCUGGAGAUCAAUCUCGGUGAUCUCAAGGAAGCAAAUUUUGCCUUGUACUUAUUUCAGCAUGCCCCCAACCUGCGAUUUUUCAAACUAAAGCUCAUUUCCAGGAAUUCCAUGGUACCAAGAGUGCAUUUCUGGGAAUCAAUAGACCGUGAUGUCUGUCUCUUCCAGAACGUUGAAGUAGUUGGUUUGUUCGACUUCACUGGCUCCUUUGCGGAGUUUGGCUUCUUGAAACUUUUACUUGAAGAUGCACCAGUGUUAAGAAAAGUGGGAAUAAUCGACAAGGGAUUGGACAGAACUGUCCUAAAAAAUCUCCUGAAGCUGAGAAGAGCAUCAAAGGAUGCAGAAAUAUUGAUUCUUGAGGCUUGUUUCCCCCACUAGAAAAAGGAUCAAGUCCAACCUCUGAGGGAACAAGUCAAGACCAUUGGAAGGAACGGUAUCAAGCUUGUGUUGGGAACCUCUAACGACUCUACUGCUCUCGUUUGGUGCGAUCUUGCAAGACACAAGCUCUGAAGUUAGGGUAUACAGGCAUGAGUUAUCCCCAUAGUUUGUUGUUGAAGUUACCCCGUGUUCCUGUGGAAAAACAGUGUUGCCUCAAGAGUUGCUUACCUGUUGUGUCAAAGUUCAGAAAGAAAAUGUUUGUCAGCUUAACUUGUGCUAUGCAGCUUAUUUCCAAAUUUGAA